CCGGGCGGAGGUCUCGGCGGCGCGGGGAGCCCCCGGCUGGGGCUCGGCGCCUCGGAUCCUAAUCCUCUCUUUUGCCCUCUCUGUGUGCUAGGUUGGGGGCCGUCCCGCACCUGAGGCAGGAAGAUGGUGGCCGCAAAGAAGACGAAAAAGUCUCUGGAGUCGAUCAACUCUCGGCUCCAGCUUGUUAUGAAAAGUGGAAAGUACGUGCUGGGGUACAAACAGACUCUGAAGAUGAUCAGACAGGGCAAAGCGAAAUUGGUUAUCCUCGCCAACAACUGUCCAGCCUUGAGGAAAUCUGAAAUAGAAUACUAUGCCAUGUUGGCUAAAACUGGUGUUCAUCACUACAGUGGCAAUAACAUUGAAUUGGGCACAGCAUGUGGAAAAUACUACAGAGUAUGCACAUUGGCUAUCAUUGACCCAGGUGAUUCUGAUAUUAUUAGAAGCAUGCCAGAACAGACUGGUGAAAAGUAAACCAGGAAAGUUUUUCUUUAAUAAAACUUUACCAGAGCUCCUUUUAAAAA